GGGCACAAACAGCUCCUUCAUCCAGCGGGAGCGGAGCCGGGCCCCGGCAGUGCCCCGGGACAGGGGAGCGGCGGCCCCCGCGCUGCCCGGAACGCCGGCUCUUCCAGGCGGGACCGGGCCUCCUCCUCACCAGGUGUGUCCCAUGCUUGCAAACCAGCCACCUGAAGGAGGAGCUGAGGCCUCCCGCGGUCCCCUGUGGCAGUGGCUGUCUGUGAGCACCUGUGAGUCCUGCUUUCUGCCAGCGGUGCUGUGUGUGCAGAAAGGCUGAGGGGAUCCCGAGGAGCCUCUAGAGUCCUUUGUUCGGUGAGGAAAGGUCAUCCUCGCCUUCCUCCUGCAGCACUUCCUAAAUGAACCUCUCUGCUCUGGCUCUGCGUCCUGGAGAUGGCCUCACCCAAGGUUGCAGUGGUGGGUGCAGGAGUCAUCGGCCUGUCCACAGCACUGUGCAUCACAGAGACUUGUCCCAGCUGCUCUGUGACAGUCCUUUCAGACCAGUUCAGCCCCAACACAACAAGUGAUGUGGCAGCUGGGAUGCUCAUCCCUCAUAUCUACCCAGACACACCGAUCCACAGGCAGAAACAGUGGUUCAAAGAGACCUUCACUUACCUUUUUGCCAUCAGCAACUCAGCCGAGGCAUCAGAGGCUGGCAUUCACCUGGUCUCUGGCUGGCAGGUCUUUAAAAGCACCCCCAAGGAAGAGUUACCUUUCUGGUCAGAUACUGUGCUGGGAUUUCGACCAAUGUCCGAAGCAGAACUCCAAAAGUUCCCGCAGCACCAAUUUGGUCAGGCCUUUACAACCCUGAAAUGUGACUGCCCAUCCUACCUGCUGUGGCUGGAGAAAAGGUUGAAAGCAACUGGCACCCAGAUAUACACCAGAAAAGUGGCAGACUUGUGGGAGCUGCACAGUGAAUAUGACAUCGUUGUCAACUGCACAGGCAUGGGAGCCCACCAUCUGGUGGGGGACAAGGAGCUCUUCCCUGUCAGGGGACAAGUGCUCAAGGUUCACGCUCCUUGGGUGACACAAUUCAUCCGGGAUGGAGAUGGCUUAACUUACAUCUACCCAGGGAUACACAGGGUGACCCUGGGGGGAACCAGGGAAAGGGGAAGCUGGAGUCUCUCCCCUGAUGCUGGCACUACUAGAGACAUCUUUGACAGAUGCUGCUCCCUUGAGCCCUCUCUGCAGCGAGCUAAGGAUAUCGAGGUGAAGGUGGGCCUGAGGCCAUCCAGGCAGUGUGUGAGAGUGCAAAGAGAGGUUUUGAGCCAAGGAGGAGUUAAGCUCCCAGUGGUUCACAACUAUGGGCAUGGGGCAGGUGGCUUUUCAGUGCACUGGGGCACAGCCAAAGAGGCUGCUUCCCUGGUGGAAGAGUGCAUUUCUGCUCUGCAGGGCUCCUCAUCGAGAGCCAAGCUUUGAAUCCCAGAGGCUCCUUUUCCAUCUACAGGUAGUGCUGCAUCUCCUAGUAGCAACUUGGGCUUUAAGUCCAUUACUGUGUAGAAGGAAACUAAGUCAACAUCUUGUUCCAAUGCAGAUACUCAGUGAUAUCUUUAACCACCUUGGAAAGGCAUGAUGUGUUGAUCCAUGUAUUAGCCCAGCUGAUCAUCUCCUUCAUCUGCCCUGGGUAUUUGUCCUAGUCUCGUGUGGAAAAGACAAGAUACACAAAUAUUCUUCACAUAACGGGGAUCAGGUUGCUGCAUUAUAAAACAAAUAACAUCAAUUUAGCAUUUCUGCACCUGCAUCUAAACGGUGUCAGAUGCAGUAAAAAUACGUUGUCUCCAUUUGUACCAAAUCUAAUCUAGAAUUGCCUUUGUUUCUGCCACCUUGCUAACAAAUUUUAUCAUUGUCUAUAUGAUUUAAAAGGAAAAGAAAACCCCAUGCAGUGCUGCAUUACAGUGCUCCAGGUCAGCUCUUACAGAAAGUAGCAUUAGGUCACGGUCACACACAGUGACCAGGCAAAUGUGAUUUUAAGAGCAGGUCUGUGAUAUCCAUCACUGCAUUUGCUCAUAUUGCACCUCAGGGAACUUAAAGUUGCUGCUAAUAUUGCCCCACAUGAGCUACAGUUUUGUGCAUCUUUUCUCACGCUAGUUUGCAAAUCUGUUUUUUUCUUUCAAGGCCCUCAGAUUUUGCUCUUAGACACCAGUGAUUUCCCCCCAGCCCCUCCCCUCCUCCCCCACACAGCAGCAUUCAUAUGACCUUUGUUAUACUGAAGAGGAUUUUCCAGAGUGGGCUGGGGAAUGCAGCAUCCCUUUUCUGCUUCACAACAGCACUGUCUGCUUUCCUUGCAACAGCUGAUAGGAAUAAAUUGGUGACAAACCAACAAGGAUUCUAACACCAGCAUCAGUUUCAUAGAAGAGCUAUUUAAGACUAGAUAAACACUCUGAGGAAAAAGUUGUAACUGGACAUGAGCAAGCUCCUCUGCUGUAAGAAAGCUGAGUUCUCUGCUCGCUCCAUGGCAGAAGCUCUGCUGGGCUUUACACUCCCCUCAGCAAUUCAAACCCUUUGAUGUGUCUGAAGAUAAUCACUCCCCAAAACUGGAUCUUACCAUCAAAGUACAGGUCUGACUCUUAGUGAUUAAAUGACUCAUUAAAUCUUUAAGGGCUCACUUGAGAGUGUUAUCAUCCAUUUUUUGUCUAGCUUUUUUGUCCACAGAAUUACAAAACCAUUCAAAAUCCUUCAAUAAUUCCAGUGAUUAAAAUUAACUGAUAAAUAAAGUUCUAAUAAUGGAGCAAA